ACUACCAGUGCAUAUUUGAAGCUGCCGUUGAAGGAUUCACAAGUUCCGGCUCUCCUACCAAGACAAAGUCAUUGAUGUUCGAUAUAGCAGGGGACGGGAACCUUCCUCGAGUGACUGUACUUCGCCCUUCACUGCGGAACGAGAAAGGAAACCCACUGCUGAUAUUCAGGCGCCUGCUGCUGGGGUGCUCUGAGAAACUGCCUCUCGUCCUGAAGAACGAAAGCAAUGUCCCUGCCCAGGUUAACAUUGACCUGCUGGAUGAGCAUGGAGCAUUCACUCUGCAAGCAGCUCCAAACACCCACUGUUCCUACAUAUCCCAGUCCAGGAAGGAGGAUGACAGAAUCGUGUCAGGGAGAAAUGCACACACAUCCUCGCUCAUCCUGAGCCCUGGGCAAUCUGCAGAGUUUGGGCUUCUGUUCAGCCCUUCGGCAGUUCAGCGCUACAAAGUGACCCUGCGUCUCCUGGUGGUCGACAACAAGUAUGAAGAGACCAUCGUCCAGCUGUUAGGAGAGGGAUAUCAGGAUGAAAUCACCCUGGAUAACAUCCACAAAGCUGGACAGACCUGGGACAUUCCAGAGUUAUUGAUAGACCAGGACACAGAGGAAGCAAACCAUUCAGAACACGUUUACUUGGGAUACUGUCACAUUGGGAGAGCCUAUCAGGAGACCUUCACUAUGACCAAUCACAGCAACGCAGACGCAGUGCGGUUCGAGUGGCCUGCGGACAGCUCACAGCUCAAGUUCUCCCCACAGGUUGGACAUCUCCAUUCUGGCUGUGCAAAGGAUAUCACUAUGACAUUUCGGACUGAGACUCCGGUAACCCUCAGAGCUCAGCUAGUGAAGUGUAAGAUCUCUAAGAUAUCCUUCCAGCAGCCUGUGGACCAGGUGCCAGACUGGGACAAUAGACAGCGUACAGUUAAAUGGGUGGACAUCGGGAGACAAGCAGCAACACACAGGCCUGCCAAGAAAAAGGUGAUCGAGACUGACCCAGAGCCUGCGCACACUGUGCUGGAGAACACGACUCGGGAGCUGGCUCUGCGAGUCAGUGCUAUCGCUGAUUACGCCCAGUUCGAAUGCAAAGCUGAAGCCAUCCGCUUUAAAGACACCCUCCUCUUCCAGACUAGAGUCUUUGAAUUCCAGAUGAUGAAUAAAGGCAGUGUUCAGCUGGAGUUCUCCUGGCAGGUGUUAAUGGAGAGCUAUGGAAAGGGGGUCAGCUUCUCUGAGAAGCAUACAAACUUACCAGAAGGUCAGGGCAAUGGCACUCAGCCAUUGAGUCGCUCAGGAAGUCGCUCAGGGAGCCGGCCAGUGAGCUCUUUGGAAAGUGUCUCACCCCUCCUCGCCGGGGACCCCGAUCUGCCUCCCUUCACUGUGGAACCCAGCAUUGGCAUAAUAGCAGCCAAGAAGAAGCAGGUCUUCCUGAUCAAAUUCUCCCCUCUGGAGGUGGCUGAGUUUGAGGGGCGGCUAGUCUGCAGUAUACCCAACCUGAAGGAUGACCAGGGCCCAACCAUGGCUGUAAAGGGCCGGAGCCUCCUCCCUUUCUGCCACUUUGACCUUGUGGACUCUGAUUACAUCAGCAGUAACCAGAGAGACCCUGAGCUUAGGGGCCCCCGUGGGGCACCUCCUAGGGCCACACUUGACCCUAACACCAGGGUCAUCGAGUUCUUCUCUGUCGGACUCAACACAACCAUCACUAGAACCUUCGACAUCAUGAACCCUACCAACGCAGCCUACUCAUUCCAGUGGCGGUGCGACGAUCCAGCGGAUCUGAGGUUGCAGCCUGUGUUCCGGUGCCUGACAGAAAAGGGCACCAUCAGGGCAGGCAAGAAAGUGGAGAACACCUUUGAGUUUCUGCCGCAACAACUGGACACCGCAGAGUCUUUCUGGACCUUCCUGAUUCCGGAACAUAACAUUGCUGUGCCUUUCCUGCUGGUGGGCCAUGCAAGAGAGCCAUCCGUGUACUUGGACCGAUCCUACCUCAACUACAGAUCUCUCCUUAUUGGUCUAGAUGCCCAUGAGACUGUGUACAUAGUAAACAGUGAAGAAACAGCAUUCAGCUUUUCAUUCAGAGAGACCUCCCGGCACUCAGAGGGGUUCCAGGACAGUCUCACCUUGCAGCCAAUGGAGGGUGUAGUGCCUCCUAAGAGCAGGGUCCCGGUGGUAAUCUCCUUUAACCCAACACACGAAGGCAAGGUGAACAUUAACCUGAUGUGUGACGUGAAGGGAAAAACCUUUCCUUUGACCAUGAAUGUGAAGGUGGACAGCUACUCCAUGAAUGCCAGUCUUCAAUAUGAGAAGACAGAGGGGGAAUUGACCCAGUGCAGCCUGGACAAGGUCAAUGAGAUCAACUUCCAGCAGGUGGAGCUGAAUGAGAAGGCGUAUUGUAAUUUCCUUGUCUCCAACACUGGCAAGUUCAUCCUGGGCUUCCAGUGGGAGCUCUGGGGACCAAAGGAGUUGCUGCAAUUCCUGAAGGUGGUUCCAGAGAACGGCAGUGUGGUGGUCGGCCAGCAGACUCGAUCCACGCUCUAUUUCUACCCCCAGCAGAGGUGUGUGCUGAAGGACGUCGGGCUCAAGCUCAAGAUAAAGAACGGCCCUACAUUUAACUGCAUGCUGGCUGGUUCAGCUGUACCUCCUGGUGUCCAUUUCUCAUUCACCAAACACAACUUUGGGAUGAAUUUCAUCGCUGGUCUGGUUCCCUGCUCACAGAAACUCAUCAUCACCAACAAGGGGGAGAAAGAGGCCAGCAUUCAGUGUUUGUUCACCAAUACUGCUUACCUGGUAGUGGGGCUUCUGUCUGAAGUGCUGCCCCCUGGAGGAGUGGUGGAAGUACCGAUAACCUUCUACCCCAAAGAAGCCAUCAAGUACCAGGAGAGGGUCACCUUUGAGAUCAAUGGGUUCACCAGGCAGAGCGUGGAGAUCCUGGGUCAGGGCAUUGAGAUGAAGGUUGAACUUGGGGACCCGAGACAGAAGGUGGUGAAUCUUGGGGCUUUGCGAGUCGGGCAGACAGUGAAGAGAUUGAUUCCUCUGGUCAACAACAGCCAUGUCCCCUUGACCUUUAACCUGGUUGUGAACCCUAACCAAGAGGCAUUGAUGGACCCUAAGGUGUUCAGCAUCAGUCCCCAGGGAGAGGUGACUCUUAAGGCCAGUGGGGGGCGCUGUCUUGUGGAAGUGGUGUUUUCCCCAAAACGCAGAGUGCCCCCCUUCACAGAGGAAGGGAUGGUGGAAUGGUGCGGGACGUCCCGCUCGCUGUUCAUGCUGCGUGGGUGCUGCCAGGCGCUGGAGAUUAGCUUGGAUCAGGACUACAUCCCUUUCGGGGCAGUGAUCAUGAACAGCCAGGCUUCCCGCAGGAUUCUGAUGCAAAAUACAGGAGACAUCGGAGCCAGCUUUAAGUGGGAUGUGCAGAAAUUUGCCCCUGACUUCUCAAUCAGUCCGGUGGGAGGGUACAUUUCCCCUGGAAUGGAGGUGACCUUCGAUUUGAUCUUCAGCCCCCUCAAGCUGAGCCAGGACAUCCGCUAUGACAACCUGAGCUGCUACAUCGAGGGAGGCAAGCCCCUCAAACUAACCCUGACUGGAUCCUGUGUGAUGGCACCAAUAACCAAGGAGGUGGUGAAUUUUGUGUGCCAGGUCCGCACCCGGCAGUCCCAGGCGAUCCUCCUGCAGAACAAAACGAACCAGCUGUGGAACCUGCGUCCAGUCAUAGAGGGGGAGCAAUGGAGCGGGCCGCCCUCUUUUGUUGUUGAGCCGCACCAACAGAACAAGCCCUACGAGAUUACAUACAGACCACUUACCAUGACCCUUGAUGGGAAGAAACAUCAGGGCUCAAUUUUCUUUGCCUUCCCCGAUGGUACAGGACUGAUCUAUUUGUUGCAAGGCAUUGCUGAACCGCCAAAGUCAUCUGGCAACAUCACCCGUGAGGUGCCCAGCAAGACAUCCUACACUGAGCUCCUUCCCAUUAGCAACUGGCUCCCCAAACCACAGCGGUUCCGUGUUAUAGUAGAAUUGAUCAAGCCUGAUAAACUGGACUGUACAACUCUCCUAAAGGGCCUCGACUACAUUGAGGUCCCCGCUUUAUCCAAGAGGGACUACAAGCUCAACUUCUUCUCAUACAAGGAGGGGCAGUUCAGUGCCAAGGUCACUUUCCGUAACGAGACAUCCCAGGAGUAUCUGUACUAUAGUGUCAACUUCAAGGCCACACCCCCUGGUAUAAUUAGUACCAUUGAGAUGACAUCACCGGUGCGCCAGUGCACGUCAGCCGUUGUUAAAGUGGACAACCCGCUGCUUAUACCAGUCACCUUUACUACUGACUGUAAACUCCAAGACAUCAACAUCCCAACACAUCUGACAGUUCCAGCCCAGUCAGAGGGCACUCUGAUGUUUGAGUUCCAGCCUCUGAAAUCGGGUGAAACCACGGGCCGGCUGACCCUGCAGCAGCAUGACCUGGGCUUCUUCCAGUACGAGCUGGUCCUGAAGGCCCUGCCCGCCGGACCGGAGAAGCCAAUGCACUUCCGCACCACGCUGGGCAGCAGCCACGCAAUCAACGCCAAGUUUAUCAACUUCUGUAGGAUAAAGACUGAGUACACCUGCAAGAUCGACAGUCCUGACUUCCACCUGGAAAAGACCAUUAGCGUGGCUCCAGGGUCCCAGGGGGGCACGGAGGUCAGUGUGGAGGUGAUCUUCGAGCCCAGCCAGCUUGGGGAAACCCGGGGGGUCCUGAGUAUCUCCUCUCCUGUCGGAGGAGAUUACACCAUCCCGCUGUACGGGACCUGCGGCCCUCCCAAAGCACAGGGCCCCUUCCCUAUCCGGGCUGGCUCCACCACCUCCAUCCCCUUCAAGAACGUCUUCCUUCAGACCACAGCCUUCUCCUUCCAGGUAGACAACCCAGCCUUCACGGUGAAGCCUCUGGAAACUGUCCGUUCCAAGAAGACCCACAGCGUGAUCGUCUCCUUCGAGGGCAACCCCACCGGUGCCAAGACACCCAUUAGCGGAAAAAUGACCGUGUCCUGCCCUCGCUCCGAGGGGACUGGCCAGAGCAUCAGCUGGGUGUAUUACUUAAAGGGAGUCACUGUUUAACAUGUCUUAUGGCACUAAUGUUGUAGUAUUGCACCUAAUGUUACUACAUCUCAGGUAAGGUAGUCCUAAUUGUUUAUUCAAUUUCUCUUUUUUUUAUUCAAACAGGACCUAAAUAUUAAAUUUAAGACAUACUGUAAUCCAAGUUAAAUACAUAUAUUGUUGAGGACCAAAAUGUGUACUAUAAGGGGGACCCAAUGUAUCACAAUAGAUUGCAGGUUCACAUUACUAUGAUUUUACAUAGAAUUUCUGAAUUGGUUAAUUGUGUGUAACAUGUAUGACCAUUUUGACCUGAAUUCCAAUCUUAGUUUAAGUAAAUGCAGUACUGCAUUGUGAACAAAUAUUUAGUUUCACAUUUUUAAACAUUUUGUGGCCCUUUGCUAAAUGUCUAGAUACUGUAGGUACACGUGCUAUAUUUAUAUUUAUAUUUUUGUGUUGGUAAAGGUAUUUUUCACAUUGUAGUAUGUACAACCAGGGCAUGUUAAUGGUAUUGCUUCUUCUUUUAUGUGCAUUUCACUGAAUUAAUAACAAAUUAAAUAUUAAUUGCAGCAUCUAAAGGAAUCUGUGUUCUCCUUUUUGAGAGACCUCUGGAUGACAGCGGCAUCCUUCCCAGUCCUUAGAAACUCGAACCUACAUGGAACUAGAUAAGACUGGGUCUAUAUUAAUCAUCAACAGUGGUGCUCCCAUAAAACUCAUAAAUUGUCUCUAUAAAUUGUCUCUAUCUCUGUACUAUUUCCAUUUCAUGUGGUAAUGUUAAUUAGGGGGUCAGUAGAUCACUCAUACGCAGAGCUGCAAUAAUAUCGUGUUAAAGGGCACUAGUGUAUAGAUCUGUUGCUGUUUACAUCAUUAAAAUGAAUCCCCAUGAUUUAUCAAUGGCUGAGCUGGAGAUCCUAACUAACAGCAAUAGAGUCUAUUAGUGUUCACCUUUUAACCACACUAGUGUCUGAUGCUGUUUGAGCUUCGGUAUCAAACAGCAUUAGCAUACUUUCAUGUCCUGCAAGUAAUGAUCUGUGUAAGGGCUCUUUUACAUUGUACAGUAUGUAUUUCAGUAGUAAAGGUAAAAGUGUUUAACACACAAAUAUCCAGCCUCCAUGGUAUUGUAAGAUGGACUUGAAACACUUGAUCCUGGAUCUUGCUAUUGUUGUGUAGAGGGCUGCCCUUGCAAUCUGCGUCAGGUGUAAUUCCCGUUUUAACAGGUGUCUUGUAUAAAUGUUUGUGCCACUAGGUGGCAGCUUAUCCCUAAAGGAAUUUGUAUGCGUUCCUAGUGGAAGGGUACUACACCUGUACUUGCACACUGAGCAGACUUUUCAUAGUUGUUCUGGAUGGGCAUUCGAGGCAUUUACAGCUUUAGGAAUUGAUUUUUUAAAUUGUGAUUCACUGCAUUUAUUCAAGGUUUUAUUACUUUUGAGACUUUUAUUUCUUUCCCCCACUAUAAAAGUGAUGAUGUGAUCGAGGGAGCCUUUAAUUAGAUUUUCUAUCAGCAAGGAACGUUAUAGCCUUUUAACAGUGUGCAAUUCAAGGUUUUCAUUUACUAGGGUUGGUCUUUUCAGAGAUAUACCGUUCCAGUGAUCUACAGUUCCUAGUGACUGGAGAUGGACCAUGACGUUGCCCACAGAGUGAAAGCACUUACUCUAUCAGUGAGGCAUCUGGCAGUAUUCAAAUUGAUUAGUUCACUGAUUUCCCCCCAAAACAAAACUCGCUCCCCUUAUCCACUAUAUUGAUUUUUUAACUUUCUAAAAGCAAUUGGUGAUUCUGCAAAUGACCGCUAUUGUGACACUUAAGAGAAUGCAUUUUACUGUUUUUAACACACUGUUAAAUAAACACUAGGAUACAAACUGAGAUGCUGUGGUUUAGUUAACUACCAUCAGCACAGUGGUGUUCCAGUGACAAAUGCCACUAGUUGGAGGUCAGUAUUUAUGUUGAGCUGAAGAGAUAUUGUUGUUUGACUGUACUGAUUGCUGUCAUUCUAAUACAUGUUUUUGGUUUGUUUUGUUUUUGAUGCUAAUCAGUCAAGUCUCU